AUGAUAACCCUUAAAGAUGAUGAUAACAAGUGUGAACUAAUUGGUACUUUUUCGUUGUUGACUCAAGCAUCCUUGGGCUUAUUAUGUUUAUCUUCAUUGAUUGUCAAGAGAUAUUAUGAGUGGCCCAAUCGUAGAACUUGGAAGAUUUGGUUUUUCGAUGUAAGCAAACAAUUAUUUGGUGCAUUUGGAGUUCAUAUAGUUAAUGUUAUGUUAUCGAUACUAAAGACCAAGAAAGAUCCUUCUACAACUAUAGAUGGUGAUAGUGAUGAUGGAAGUGGUGGUUGGGAAACCGACGAUGACGAUCCUUGUAAUUGGUAUUUCCUCAAUAUUGUCUUUGAUUGUACUGUAGGAGUAUAUAUAUUGUAUUGGGUUUUUAAAGGAUGUAACCAUAUAUGUAAGAAUUAUUUCCAUAUGACAAAAAUAAAGUCAGGUGAAUAUGGAGAUCCUCCAAGUCUUGUUGCAUAUUUCAAACAAUUAUCAAUUUAUUUCACAUCUUUGAUGAUCACUAAAGUCAUAUUGUUUUUUGCCAUGAACAUCUUCUCGUUACAGUUGGUUUGGAUUACUAGCCACAUCCUUUUGGGAUGGUUGGAUGACUAUCCUGAUGAGUUGGAAAUUUUUAUUGUCAUAUUUGUUGUACCAAUCUUCAUGAAUUGUCUUCAGUUGAUUUUAGUGGAUAACAUCAUCAAGAAUCCAUACUUCACUAGAACAAUAAUAGAACCAGCCCCAGAAGACUUGGAAAAUCCUAAUAAGAUUUACGGUUCCAUAGAAGAUAGUUAA